GGGCGGACAAUAACAGGAAACCAGGCGCCAUGCUGUACGUUCCAUUUAGCUCAAAACUUAGAUUAAUAUAGAAUAUCUUAUGUCAGAUGGGAUGAACUAAGGUUUUCAGUGUUCCAUUAAACAGUUUGUUUGUACAAUAAUUUUAAACGAAGGUUUCGGGAAGCUUGGGAGCUACAACUUUUCUCGUAAGCUGACUCAUUGACUCCGUGGAAAUCACAAUGGGAAGCCUAAACUGACUCACGUCGAAUAAUGAUUAUAUACUAUAACUAAAGUUUCUUACAAUCGGGUAGGGAUCAGUUAUUUUACAUUUGUUCUCUAACUUUAUUAAACUUAACGUGUUACUAUAUGAACUUUUAUAUUACCCGACUUACUGAUAAAUAUCUAGCUGCAUUUGUCUAAUCGCUGUGUUGUUGUGGACUAAAAUUAGCCAAAUCCACUAUUUCGACAUACCUCUGAACCCUUCGACCCCAGGUAAUUCCAUGAUGUUAGUACUAAGACUGACCACGAUCACCCUGCGUAGGAUCCAACAUGGUUUAUUUUGCUCAUCUCUUCGCUGUCUGACCCAGCGUAUUGGUCAGAGUGACACAAAAAGGCCAAGUAACCCACACUUAAGUUAUGCUCCAGUCAGAAGGUCGUUCGGGUUGUCAGCAGCUGAUGUUGUAAAUUUCGCUCCUGGGAAAGUUCGUCCGUAUCUAAGAUUGAUGCGACUGGACAAACCUAUAGGAACAUGGUUGCUCUACCUUCCUUGUACAUGGAGCAUUGCUCUGGCCUCUAAUCCUGGCUGUCUUCCUGACAUUGGAAUGUUGGCUCUGUUUGGAGCAGGUGCUGUUCUGAUGAGAGGAGCUGGCUGCACCAUCAAUGACAUGUGGGACAAAGACUUUGACAAACAGGUUUCCAGGACGGUGACUCGUCCCAUCGCUUCUGGAGAAAUUUCUCAGAUGCAGGCUCUCUUCUUUCUGGCAGGGCAACUUUCUCUCUCACUAGGGAUUCUGCUCUGUUUGAACUAUUACAGCAUCACUCUGGGUGCAGCUUCUCUGUCUCUGGUGGUGACAUAUCCGCUCAUGAAGAGAAUCACAUACUGGCCGCAGUUUGUUCUAGGGCUCACUUUCAACUGGGGAGCGCUGUUGGGCUACUCCGCUGUGAUGGGAUCCUGUGAUUGGACUGUUUGUCUCCCGCUGUAUUUCUCAGGAGUCAUGUGGACUUUAAUAUAUGACACAAUUUAUGCUCAUCAGGACAAAGAUGACGACAUCAGGGUCGGAGUUAAAUCCACAGCAUUAAAGUUCCAAGAACACACCAAAGAAUGGCUUAGUGUCUUUGCAGCUUUGAUGAUGUCUGGACUGGUUGUGACAGGAGUCAACGCUGAGCAGACUCUGCCCUACUACUCUGCUUUGUGUGCAAUGGGGCUUCAUUUAUUGCACCAGAUCUACAAUGUGAACAUCAAUGACGCAGGUGACUGCUGGAAGAAUUUUGCCUCCAACAGAAACCUUGGUCUUCUGCUGUUUUUUGGAAUAAUUGCUGGGAAUCUAUGGAAAGAGAGAGAAGACGUUGCUACAAAAUGACAAACACAUGAUUGGUGUUUCUUUUGUUAUGCCUGUGAACUUUACUUUUGGUUUUAUGAUAAAAAAAUAAUUUAUUACAAAAUCAGAGAAUAAAUAAAAUCUAUAUACCUCAGAAAUCAACUGAACGUCAUUUUCUCCAUUAAUUAUUAGUCUUUCAUUUGAAACCACUAAAUAAAUGUGUCAAGAGAUCUGUAUUAAAAAUAGACGGGGCGCUUACAUAGUUACGAUAUCAACUCUCUAGGUUUAAAGUGUGAUUGAUGGACCAUUUUCUUUGUCUUUGACUAAUUCUUGAACUUUUUAUUGUUGUAUAUACUGAUGAUGCAUAUACUGUAUAUAUACAUAUAAAAUUCUUAUACUUUUAUAUCCAGUAAAAGCCUUGAAUCAUUCACACAGUUAGAGGUGGAUAUUUUGAGCAAUGGAUAUCAGAGUUGGAGCUGAGAGGGAAGAGGAAGACCACAGAGAAGUUAAAUUUAAGAUUUGAAAAAGGGCCAUGCAGGGGAUAUGGUGAGAAGUCUUUGUCUGUCAAUUGAUAAUUGUGUGUAGUUGUUAUGUUAAUGACAAAUGAAAGAUUUUAGCUCAUAUUUCAAGUUCACUUGAAUAACAAAAUAUUUUUAAUUAUAAAUAAAUAAAAGACAAAAAAAA